UAAGCCUGGAGAUACCCACCACAAAGUCUGACCUGAGCCAGGCUGAAGGGAAGAUUUUAAAAGGGGCUGGACAGUGGUGAAGCUUUAGAAAGGCGAUCCCAAAGGAAAAAGCACCAGUAAAGUAGAUCUGGAUCUUAAUACUUCACAACUGUAACCUGCCAAAUAAAAAUUCCAAGGCUAACCAAUCCAUGAGUGGGCAUCGAUCCUCAAGGAAGCGAUGUGGAGAGUCACGCAUAGAAUCCCCUAUGGAUUGUGGUCAUGUUCCUGCUACAGUGUGUGUGUUACGCAGAUUGGUUCAGUUGCCUACACCACCAUUGUCAAAGCACCAGCUAAAGCGGUUAGAAGAACACAAAUAUCAGAGUGCUGGACACUCCUUGCUUGAGCCACUAAUGCAAGGUUACUGGGAAUGGCUAGUUGGAAGAAUUCCAGCCUGGAUUGCCCCAAAUCUGAUCACCAUUACUGGACUGUUAAUAAACAUAUGUACAACAGUAAUAUUAGUGUAUUACUGCCCAACAGCUGCAGAGCAGGCACCUCCAUGGGCAUAUUUUGCUUGUGCAUGUGGCCUUUUCAUUUACCAGUCUUUGGACGCUAUAGAUGGAAAACAAGCAAGAAGAACCAAUAGUAGUACUCCUCUGGGAGAACUUUUUGACCAUGGUUGUGAUUCACUGUCCACAGUCUUUGUGGUUUUGGGAACUUGUAUUGCUGUGCAGCUGGGGACGAAUCCUGACUGGAUGUUCUUUUGUUGUUUUGCUGGGACAUUCAUGUUUUAUUGUGCACACUGGCAGACAUACGUCUCUGGAACCUUGCGCUUUGGAAUAAUUGAUGUGACUGAAGUGCAAAUCUUCAUAAUAAUCAUGCAUUUACUGGCGGUGAUUGGAGGACCACCUUUUUGGCAAUCAAUGAUUCCAGUGCUGAAUAUUCAAAUGAAAAUAUUCCCAGCUCUUUGUACUGUUGCAGGAACCAUAUUCUCCUGCACAAACUAUUUUGGUGUGAUCUUCACAGGUGGUGUUGGCAAAAAUGGAUCAACUAUAGCUGGAACAAGUGUCCUUUCACCCUUUCUUCAUAUUGGGUCAGUGAUCAUAUUAGCUGCAAUGAUCUACAAGAAAUCUGCUGUACAGCUCUUUGAAAAGCAUCCUUGCCUGUAUAUACUUACUUUUGGUUUUGUAUCUGCUAAGAUAACUAACAAAUUGGUGGUUGCACAUAUGACCAAAAGUGAAAUGCAUCUGCAUGAUACAGCAUUCAUAGGUCCAGCACUUUUGUUCUUGGACCAGUACUUUAACAGCUUUAUUGAUGAAUAUAUUGUACUUUGGAUUGCCAUGAUCUUUUCCCUCUUUGAUUUGCUCCGCUACUGCAUCAGUGUGUGCAAUCAGAUUGCUUCCCAUCUGCGCAUCCAUGUAUUCAGAAUCAAGGUCUCUUCUACACAUUCUAAUCACCAUUAGCGACUGGGUGGUUGCUGUGAUGAGAAAUACGAAACAAGUGUUUUCUAUAGGGAAGAAUAUGAACAUAUUUAGGAGACUAAGGCAAAAGGAGCAGAUAAGAACAAAUCUAAUUUAUUAUAAUCAACGUUGUAUAACUUUUAUUCUUUGUUACUGGUAACGCUCCUUAACUAGUCUUUGCCUAUGAGAGAGUGAAUUCCAAGUACUCUCCAGUCAAACAUCAUGUAGUCAACUUUACUGGUUCUGUGCCCAGGAAAGCAUGCAGGGAGUAAUGCUUUGUCUUUGUAAUUACCUUGAAAACAGAAUAAACUAUCUAUGGUGAAUGGA